AUUGUUCAUUAUUCAUUAUGUUCUUAUUUUUCUAUACUCCAUUACGUCUGCUAAGCAUGUCCAAUGUUUUAUUCUAAAGCACAAAGUUAUAACUACAACUAUUUAGAGGAGCAUCUCGUCAUCUCAAUGGUCAUGGGUAGCAGGAAUUAUAUAUGGCUUCGUCGAUACGAUGAUGAAAUCAACGGAUUUAGAAACUUCACUCUUUUAGUGGCAUAAAACUCAUGGAUUGACGAAGUAAUUUUCUUAAAAAAAUGAUUGAUCAUUUUGAUAUUGUUGGAUUUAAUUUUAUGAACUCUUCACCCUUAAUAGAUUUGACCAAAGACAAUUUAUUCUUUUUAUCAUCAUUGAAACUUGAGUUGCAGAAAGACACUAGAGAAUACUCUGGUCAUUUAGGGCACAAUCACAAAUUGUAUGUCGAGAUUUUGGUAACUUUAAUACAGAACGAGGCUGGUUUUUAUUUUUCAAAAAGACUAGUAUUUAAAAGUUUCAUAAUUUUAUUAGGUGCUUUCCCACCGCGAAAGCCAAGGGAGCCGGCAAAAUUCAAAAUUCCACAUGUUAUUUUUCCUUUUCAUUUCAGCCUCUUCAUCACCCACAAAUUCUGUACUUCUCUAAGCUACACUUGCCACUGCACUCUCACUGCCGACGAGUAUUAAAAAGGAAAUGUUACACGAGCUCUUACUUGCUCUAUUAGGCUACACUGGAGAUCUCAUAAUAGACGAGAGAGGGCAUCAAAAGUCUAUCGGUGUUCACUUAUCUCCCGACGCUUCCAUCUCCGAUGAACGCUCCUUUAAACUCGCUCCUGACAUUUCCUUCAUCGAUCCCAGCGAUAGGGAUCUAAUUGAGAGAAUAAUCACAUUAGGGUUUUACUACAGAGAGCUUGAUCGGUUUGCAACUAAGUCGCGGAAUUUGAGUUGGAUAAGGUCAACAAAUGUGUCUCCUUUGAGCAGAGCUAAUGAAUUGUCAUCUAAUAAUAACACGCAAAAACAAAGCGUGUAUAGGAGAGCAAUUGCUAAUGGUAUUGUCGAGAUUUUAUCUGUCUAUAGGUCUGCUGUUCUCCAUAUUGAGCAGAAACUGCUCUCCGAAACUGUACCUAUUUUGGCUACUGUCACUCAAGGCCUCAAUAAGUUUUUUGUCCUUUUGCCUCCUCUUUAUGAGCUUGUUCUAGAGAUUGAGCGUGAUGAUAUUCGUGGAGGACAGCUUCUUAACCUUUUGCAUAAGCGUUCUCAUUGUGGGGUUCCUGAAUUGCAAACUUGCAUUCAAAGGCAGGAAGACAGGGAUCUAGUAAAUAGCUCAGCUCAACCAGACAUGUCAGAGAAAUUGGCACGCUUGUCAACUGAUGAUAUAUCUUUGACAGAUUGGCAUUUAGGAUUUCAUAUAUUUUUGGAUAUGCUGCCGGAGUAUAUCCACAUGUGUGUUGCUGAAUCGGUUCUUUUUGCUGGUAAAGCCAUCAGGGUUCUCCGGAAUCCUAGCCCAGCCUUUCAGUGUAAAGACUCCCUACAUAAUCAGCAGGUACCAAAAGGUGGCCAGAACAUUCAAGGGUUUGUAGGGCGUUUUCCUGUCCAAAAGGAGCCUUUUGUAGAUUCAAACCUGAUUGGAGAAGAAUUACUUCCACAGUCUGAGGCUGAUAAGAUUGAAGCUUUGCUUCAAGGCCUAAAGGAAUCAUCUGAAUUUCACAAAAGGUCAUUUGAGAGCGCUGUUGAUUCUAUUCGGGCUAUUGCGGCUAGUCAUCUUUGGCAGCUUGUGGUUGUGCGUGCAGAUUUGAAUGGGCACCUGAAGGCCCUUAAAGACUAUUUCCUUUUAGCAAAAGGAGAUUUUUUCCAGUGUUUUCUUGAGGAGAGUCGGCAAUUGAUGCGUCUACCUCCACGCCAGUCAACUGCUGAAGCUGAUCUUAUGGUCCCAUUUCAGCUGGCAGCUAUCAAGACAAUAGGAGAGGAAGAUAAAUACUUUUCUAGAGUAUCCUUGCGGAUGCCUUCAUUUGGGAUCACAGUUAAGUCCUCCCAAGUGGAUUUACCCAAAUCAAAAGCUCACUCUGACUCAAACUCUGGUGCUGCUUUGUCUAAUGCUGCUUCGGAGAUGUUCAUUGAUGGAUGGGACGGUAUUGCUCUUGAAUAUGCUGUGGAUUGGCCUUUACAAUUGUUCUUCACCCAAGAAGUUCUGUCUAAGUACCUUAGGGUCUUCCAGUAUUUGCUGCGGCUCAAAAGAACACAAAUGGAAUUGGAGAAAUCAUGGGCCUCUGUGAUGCAUCAAGAUCACACUGAUUUUGCGAAGCGCCAUAAUGACCGUAACUGCUCAAUUUCUCAGCAGCGACGGCAACGUUUUAGGCCAAUGUGGCGUGUUAGAGAGCAUAUGGCAUUCUUGAUCAGAAAUCUUCAGUUUUAUAUACAGGUGGAUGUGAUAGAAUCUCAAUGGAAUGUUUUGCAAGCUCAUAUUCAAGACUCUCAUGACUUCACUGAACUUGUGGGUUUCCAUCAAGAGUAUUUAUCAGCUUUAGUUUCACAGUCAUUCUUGGACAUUGGCUCUGUCUCAAGGAUAUUAGACAGCAUAAUGAGACUUUGCCUGCAAUUCUGCUGGAGCAUUGAGAACCAAGAAAGCAAUCCAAAUACUUCUGAACUUGACCACAUAACAGAGGAAUUUAAUAAGAAAUCCAACUCCUUGUACACUAUACUGCGCAGCAGUAGGCUAGCAGGGAGUCAGCGAGCCCCUUUUCUUAGGAGAUUUCUUUUGCGUCUUAAUUAUAAUGCAUUUUUUGAGGCAACUGCAAGAGGGGUGCUGAAUGUUGUUAGACCGUCUCCAACACUUCCUGUAUAAGUUUAACAGUAGCAAUAUGUAAUUUGCAAAAGUCCAAAUCAGCUUGAUGAUUCUCAUAACUUAUUGCAUGCAGUCGCUUGAGUUGAGGAAAAGAAAUAUUUAAGAAUGGUUUCGCAACAGAUAGUAAAGAGUAAUAACUUGGACUAUUAGUUGUUGGUUUUGUUGGCGGGUGCAUGUUUCCUCAGCUUGAUGAUCUUCUGGGACCACUCUUAUUAGGUUUCUCUGCAGAAAGCCGGGUGGUUGAAUCUGUGGGUUAGUCUGCUCUGUUUGCCUUCUUUUGUUGACCAACAAGUGAUUAUCCCUUUGAAAGUGAGAUGGCAUUUGUGGUUAGCCCACUUUCGCUUGUGCACAGUUGACUGAGGAAGCACUAGGGAAUUAAGGAUGUUUGUUAGAUUGGCUGGUGCUUCUUGCUGCGGUUGUCUUUUGACUCGCCAAUGAUUACGUUAGAUGUAUAAGCUUUAAUGUUUUGACUUGCAUUUGUUUGUAGAGACAUCUUUAAACAUGUAAACUGUAAAGCAUUGCCACCUGAAAUAUUUAGGGGUAAUUAUAAUAUAUCCAUUGUGUUUUUCAUAUUA